UUUUGUAUGACAACAAACAGGCAUGGCUGAUAAUUUAGAAGAUGAGUGGUGGGAAACUGACAAUCGUGUUCAAAAUAACAAAAUAGAAGAAAACAGUUCAGACGAAGGAGAACAGAAGAAUACAGGUGAAGUCUCCAACAAGAGAUCAGCUGAGGAGGAGGGGGAAGACCAGGGGAAUAGAACUAAAAAGAAACAAAAACGCAAAAGAAAGAAGAUAACUACAGAAUUAAAAGAGAAAGGAAAAUCAUCCAGAGCGAGUCCUACUGAUGUCAUUGACCUACUUUCUAAACACUUUGAGGGAAAACUUUCUCCCGUGGAGUUGGAUGAAAUAAAGCUUGAUCCAGACAGUGAUUUUUAUGUCAGCAGUGAAUCUGACCACACCCCUAGCUCCUACCUGAGAACUAUACUCCCUAAAUGGAAGAAGCUGGUCAAGUCUAGUGGUGACCUCAAACCUGGCUCUCCAUUGGUCCUCAUUAUAACAUCCUCUGCCAUCCGAGCAGUUCAGCUCAACAGGGAUAUAACAGAUUUCAAAACAGAAGAGUGCAAAUGUGCGAAACUGUUUGCAAAACACUUCAAAAUAGAAGAACAACAGAAAUAUCUGUCUAAGAAUGUUUGUCACAUAGGACUGGGUACACCAAACAGAAUCUGCAGCCUCAUCAAAAAUGGUUCAUUACACCUGGACAGUGUAAAGAGUGUAGUGUUGGACUGGAACUGGAGAGACAAGAAAUUCAAACGAAUGGCAGACAUUAUAGAUCUCCGGAUAGACUUAAUGGUUUUACUGCAGACUUUUAUCAUUCCCCAUAUCCAUGCCAACAAAUGUAAAAUAGGCAUUCUCUGAUUA